UCGUCUUACGAGAGACGGCUCAGUCACGUCACAGAAACGACACCCAGUUCCAACUGGUCCGUUAACCUAACCAGACGUAUUCGCUAUCUUGCUAAGCAACCGUUCGUUCAAACAAACCCUAAAUGGCGCUAGUGUCGGUGCGUGAUUACGAGCAACGGGCACACGAAAUCAUCCCUCGCAAUGCUCUGGACUACUACCGGAGUGGUGCCGGCGACGAGCUGUCCCUUCACCUGAAUCGAACCGGUUUCGACCGUCUCCGGAUUCGACCCCGGAUGCUGCAGGGUGGCUCCACACGCGACCUCACCUGUACCGUGUUCGGCGAACGCUUCGCCCUUCCCAUUGCCAUCUCACCCACGGCAAUGCAACGAAUGGCGCAUCCCGAGGGUGAGGUGGCUAAUGCGAAGGCAGCCGCCAGCCGACAGGUUCUCUUCACACUCAGCACCAUCAGCACAAGCUCGAUCGAAGAGGUGGCUGCCGCAACGCCGAACGCACCGAAGUGGUUCCAGCUGUACAUCUACCGCGAUCGGCAGCUAACGGAGGGUUUGGUGCGCCGUGCGGAAAAGGCCGGCUUUCGUGCGAUCGUACUGACGGUGGAUGCGCCCCUGUUUGGACUGCGGCGGGCAGAUAUGCGCAACAAGUUUUCGCUACCACCCCAUCUGACGAUGGCAAACUUCGUUGGUAAAGCGGCAAACAUUCGCAGCCAGGGAGGAUCGGGCAUCAACGAGUACAUCGCGGAACAGCUAGAUCCCACCCUGUCCUGGGAGGACGUGAAGUGGCUGCUCGGCUUCACCAAGCUGCCCGUCAUCGUAAAAGGCAUUCUAACGCGCGAGGACGCCAUCAUUGCGGCCGAUCUUGGCGUGCAGGGUAUAUUCGUUUCGAACCAUGGCGCACGCCAACUGGAUUCCGUUCCCGCAUCGAUUGAAGCUUUACCGGAAAUUGUGGCCGCCGUUGGUGAUCGGGUGGAAAUAUUCCUAGACGGAGGCAUCACCCAAGGGACGGAUGUGUUUAAGGCGCUGGCGCUCGGCGCUCGCAUGGUAUUCUUCGGCCGACCAGCCCUCUGGGGAUUGGCCGUCAAUGGGCAAGCGGGUGUGGAGCACGUGCUGGACAUAUUGCGCAACGAGUUGGACCUUACGAUGGCCCUUGCCGGUUGCAAAACGCUCGCAGACAUUACGAAGGACUAUGUGGUUCAUGAGAAUUAUUACAGUAAGCUUUAAAUCGUAGAAGGUAGAAAAGAACCAUGUAACAACUACAACGAGGUUGUAUUACUUCUACCACAUGUUAAUAUUAGAAGUAGCAAAGAAAAUAUAUAUAUAAUUUGACUUAUUUCUAACAUUAUACUAUCGUGGUUGGAAUACAAGAAUAUACGAAAAUUUAAAAACUUCCAAGGGCUAGGAAGUAGACAGUCUGCACAAAUUAAGUCACACGUUGUCAGUCUGAGUUAUUAUAAACAUAACUAUUGAACCAUCCAUCCAAACGAUUAUCCCGGCCGAUCUGGAGGACUCACCAAGGCAAUGACUACAUCUCAGUUUGGGCCUACCACGCCUCCUCUGUCCAUCCUCUGUCCAUGUAGACGGUCUAAAAGGUCUUUACAGACAUGGUCGUCUGGUGGCAUUCCUAUAACAUAACCAUCCCACCAAAUCCUGGCGAUUCUAAUACGCUGCACGAUGGUGAUCGUAUCAUUGUCCUUCCACACAUGUGGGGCCCAAAAUCUUCCUCUCGAACGGCGGCUAAGAGGGAUACGUCAGUUUUGGGUAGAGUCCAUAUCUCGGAGGCGUAUGUGAGUACUAGAACUAUAAACAUUCUGUACAGUCCCAUGCCGGCAACCAUAUCCUGUCCUACCCGGAGAGCAGACCGAUUGCAACGGAUGUAGAUCAUAAAGGUAUCGAUCCCUUACGUACCUCAUAUUUUAUGAUCCGAAUGACCCUUUAUAUAAUACCUCCUCAUUAUAUACUUUCCAUUCCUAUCCUCCGACCAAACCGAAACACAUUAGAAAUAAAAUCACUCUUAGCCUGACCGUCGUAGAAGAUAGAAGCUUUCUUAACUUCUUAAAUAUCUGAAGUCACAUUUUCGAUAACUCGCGGAACUCAACCUUAGAUAGGUGAAGCUUUGGACGACUUCAAAAGUGCGGUCACCUAGCACAAUCCACAAAUAUGGGACCAAAAAGCCUUCGCAGACCAUGUCUCAGUCUCGUAUGCGAGUACUGAUACUCUAAAGGUUCACGACAAGUAGUUUGUGUGGAGAAGUUUCCUUAGGAUGUAGAGUGACAGAUCAGUAACCAACAUCAUUGCACGCAACUCAACAUCUAGUUGAAGUCGACUUCAUAGGCAAGAUAAUGUAUCUCGGACCUAUCGUCACAUUGCUAGUACCACCAUCGCUGUGGCUUUCGCUUCGUUAAUCUUCAACGAGAGGUUUAUUGCCGCUUGCUCGAUCCUUUGGCAAGCUACUGCUACACAGGACAGUCUCAACCCAAUUAUAUCAUUGUCAUGAGAGUAUGCCAGGAUCAGGAUUAACUAAUAAAAGAUGGUCCCCGAAGCUUCCACCUCCAAGUCUCAAAUGACCCUCUCUAACGCCAAAUUAACUGGUGUCUACCAACUGCUCUUACGCACAAUAAUCCAUUUUUGUUUCGAAUGCUUCUCCGCUAACAAAGCCCCCCACAGGAAGAUGUUUUUUUUUGUUCAUUUUACUAUUUUUAUUUCGUUUUUGUGUGAUUUUUGUCUCGUUUUUUUGGUAAUAAUUUGAGUAGUUCUGAAAAUCCUGCGUAUGUGUGUGUGUGUUUAGUUUUGCAUUACAAUUUUACUGCUGUUUUGUGUUAGUUUCCGUGAUGCAAUCGUGUAUUGCUGGUUGUGUGUUUGGUUGUAAGUUUUGAAGAUUGAUUUUGGCUGCCUAUUGCUGUUCCGGAUUCAAUGUGUAAGUUUCAUUAGUUAGCUUACUUAAGUUUCUAAAUAUUAUUUAAAUUUAAAGAGUAUAUGCUUAUUAGUGAAAUUUACGUUUCAUUCUUGUUUUCGUUCUUGUGUGUGUGUAUCUUUUUCUCUUUGCUCUAUUACUUUUUGCAAUUACUAGUCACCAGUAGAGUAGGUGGUUCAUCGAUUCUGUUUUAGUUGUUAGUUCGAAUCGUCUUUCGUUUUUUUUUUCUUUUCUUGCAAGUUACCCUCAAUCACGUUCUGUACUAAGCCUGUGUGUGUCCUUUUGUUUUGCCAACGUUAAGCAAGCAAUUAUCAAUCACUACAUUUAAUUGGGUAAUGUUGUUACUGAAAUUUGUUAUUUUCUUGUGUAUGUUUUUCUUUUCCUUUUCUGUUGUUAUUCUUUCUUACUCUUUCUCUCCUUACAAAUGAACAGUGAUUGUGUUUGGGUAUGAUUUUUCGUUUGCUUUUACCUUGGUUGAAUCAGCUUAUCAAGUUCUUAAACAUAGUUUCACACACCUUUCCAUAAGUGAUUACAUUGAUUACAUGCGAUUUUGCGAGCUUAUCAUAGGGGAUUAUACUACAGAGCUGUUGUUAAUUUGUUUGUUUUACUUUUCAUUUUGCUUUUGUGUCUGUGUGUCGGAUGAAAGCGAUAUUGCGCAUCUAAGUGCUAAAGAAGAAGCUUGCAUGAAACCAAAUUGGCGCAAAGCAACGAGUGGCUUUCGAUUCGAUUGAUUUACUUUUGGCAAAUUUUGUGGAAAUCAUAUUUAGCAAUCACAUCCCAUUCUUAAUUAUCGUUCAAUUGCCAACGGGUGUAAAUAAAUGCAACUUUUGGUGUCUCGCACCCGAUUUCACUUUACCAUCCGCUAAAUAUUUAUUCAUAUAGUACGAAGCAGUUAUAUUUCGUAUCAAUGCUCUCUCUCUCUCUCUGCUGCGCUAGUAUUUGGUUUUGUACAACGAAUGUUGCAUAAUUUUGAUUAAUUUUCCUUUUGUCCGUUAUAGCAAUUUGCGUGUGUGAGGGGAUCGGUAUAUAGUGUACUGUGUCGAUACAGUGAUGCAAAUGGCGAGUGUGUUUGAAAUAUAUAACCAUAUUAAAGCCUUAAAAUACAAAAGAA